AUGCAGCUUCCUACUCUCCUCCUCACUCUCCUCAGCGCCACGGCCGUCAUGGCUCUCCCCUCGGCGGAGACCAGCAACGCCGACCUUGCCGCCCGCGGUGACAGCGGGUGCUUCCCUGUUUCUGACCCCGAUUGCGGUAUCUCCACCUCCUACUGCCGCUGUGCCAACGGAUGGUACUACCUCUUCAACUCGGACGAGGGUGGCUGCAACCCUCCCUGGGGCAUUGUGGCCACUGAUAUCAGCGGCCUGCCUGGCUGGAACUGUUAA